AUGUGGGGAUUAGAUCAUAAGACCAUAAAAGUGUCAAGUGAAAGACCCAUCUACCCCGUUCGUGACGACGGCUGGUGUCAGAUGUUUGAGGAACAUGUCGCAGAUGAGUGGGGAAUGAUGCACUUCACUCAUAAGGGAGAAGCAGCAAUAUGUUCUAUUGAUAUAAGAUACUGGUUUAAUAAAGAUCAAAGCAUAGAGAAAAUGUUGGAGAAUAAGAAGUCUCAGUGCUUUGCCUCAGCACUAGGUAAAGAGCUCAGGGAUAAGAUCGCCAUAGACUUCAGUCACUUUGCCAACCUCGUGGCUAUUUAUGGAUCUUCUAUACGGCCCAAACGUGUAGAAGGUCAGGAAGGUUACUUAGACGAGGUGCUGCCUCUGGAGGAGGCCAAGCGGGGGCUGGCGAUGCUCAAGGCGGCGGGAAUGGAGAAAAUAAACUUCUCGGGGGGAGAACCGUUUCUGCAGGACAGAGGCGAGUUUGUGGGCAAACUGGUCCAGUUUUGCAAACAGGAUUUGGGGCUGCCAAGCGUCAGCAUCGUGAGCAACGGCAGCAUGAUUAGAGAGCGAUGGUUCAAGACGUACGGUGAAUAUUUAGACAUAUUGGCGAUUUCUUGUGAUAGUUUUGAUGAGGAAGUCAAUGUUCUAGUUGGCCGUGGUCAAGGAAAGAAGAACCAUGUGGAAAAUCUGCAUAAACUGAGGCAGUGGUGCCGAGAUUAUGCUGUUGCUUUCAAAAUAAAUUCAGUCAUCAACAGAUUUAAUGUUGAGGAAGAUAUGAAUGAACAGAUCAAGGCACUCAAUCCUGUGCGCUGGAAGGUAUUCCAGUGCCUGCUCAUCGAAGGGGAGAACAGUGGUAAGGAUGCUCUGAGAGAAGCAGAAAAAUUUCUCAUCAGUGAUGAAGACUUUGAACGAUUCCUGGAUCGCCACAAAGGUGUCUCCUGCUUAGUACCGGAGUCUAAUCAGCAGAUGAGGGACUCAUACCUCCUUUUGGAUGAAUACAUGCGUUUUCUAAACUGUACAACUGGACGAAAAGCUCCUUCCAAAUCUAUCCUGGAUGUUGGAGUAGAAGAAGCUAUACAGUUCAGUGGAUUUGAUGAGAAGAUGUUCCUAAAAAGAGGAGGAAAGUAUGUGUGGAGUAAAGCAGACAUGAAACUGGACUGGUAACUCAAUUAACUGGGUUAUGGCAAGUGCAUUUUGUGAAUAUAUGUAUAGAGCAGCAUAUACACAUAUAUGUAUAUGUGUAUAUAUGUGUCUGUGUGUGUAUAUAUAUAUUUGGAUAUAAUGCUUUUAACUGCACAUGGUAUAUUGUACAGAUCAAUGUUCAAUAACUGUAUGUGAAUAGUUUAAUGUUUUUAGAAUGAAAAUUAUGUUUUUAAUCUAUCAUUUGGUUGAACAUUACCAAGUACCAAUAGAAUUUUCCUAUAAAUAGAUCUCUGAAAUCUAGUUACUAGUUUAUUAUAUGAAGGAUUGUAAGGGCAAACUAUUAAGAUAAAGUCACACAGGAAACAGUUUUAAGAUGAUAGCUAAGUAUGCGUGCAAGAAAACAAAAAAAUCCUAAUCUCUAACUCACUAUAAACAGCUGUAAUGAUUGAGAAGCGGAAACUCUUAUCCAAAAACAUUUUCUGUAUGGUUCAUAUGGAAAAGUAUUUUGCAAUUCCUUACUAGAUCACAAGAGGGCCAACUCUGAAAGCAGCCCUGACUUUUUCAGGGACAGUAGAGGGUCAGAAUCUAGUUGUCGUUAUCUCUAAAAAAGAAUACAUCAAAAACAAAAUCAAAGUUAAAAAUUGGUAAUUUCCGUUCCUAAACUCUUAAUUGUCAAAGUGUUGUUCUUCUCCCUCUUGUGCAUAUACAUUCACAGUAUUUGCAAAAAUGCUGGAGGAUGUAGUUUUCUGUAAAAACAACGCUUUGGUCAUGAUAUUGCUCCUCAAAAAAAAAAAAA